AUGGACAUAGCUAAGGAGCGAAUUGAAUCUACAUCUAAGGACAUGUUACAAGUGAUCCUAGAAGCUGCACAGUAUGGUGAUGAGUUUUGGCCAUUAACAAAAGAUGAGUUCAUAGCUGACAACUGCAAGGAUGUCUUCAUUGGAGGCUAUGAACCCCCUGCUCUUGCAGCAAUUUGGGGUUUAAUGCUUUUAGCUUCACAUCCUGAAUGGCAAGCUCGUGCUCGUUCUGAGGUUCUAGAGGUUUGUAAGGGCCAACAGCACCUAGACUACGAUAUGCUUAGCAAGAUGAAAGUGUUAAAAAUGGUGACCCAAGAGAUUCUGCGGCUUUGUCCAGGAGUAGUGUUGGCGUCGAGGCAGGCCGUACAAGAUUUGAAGAUUGGAGAUAUGCAAGUUCCAAAAGGUGUAUGCAUUUGGGUAUCUCUAUUAGCAUUACAUCGUGACCCUAAGUUUUGGGGACCUAAUGCAGACGUGUUUAAUCCUGAGAGGUUCGUUCAUGGAGUUGCAGGAGCUUGCAAGUCUCCACUUGCAAAUCUACCUUUUGGUCUGGGAGCUCGAGUGUGUCCCGGACAGAAUAUGGCUAUUAUGGAAUUGAAGGUGUUGUUUGCUCUUAUUCUUUCUAAUUUUAACCUUACCAUUUCUCCUAAUUAUUGUCACUCUCCACAAUUUGGUCUACUUCUGGCACCUGAGCAUGGCGUCAAACUUCUCAUUCAAAGGAUAUAA